AUGAAGAAACCGCUAGCAUGUGAAUCCCUCGCGGAGUAUGGAGUAGAACAGAUCUGCGCGUCGGAAACGUCUUUCCUCCUGCUGUGCCACACUGGCAAGGUCUACACUGUACCGUACAAGACAGACACACACUCCAUCACGGUGCGUGCGGUCGAGGGGCUCAUGGACAAACACGUGGAGAAAGUUGCCGCUCACUACGAGAGCAAACAGUUCCUCGCUCUCACGUCCAGUGGGGAGGUCUACGGCUGGGGACACCCCGACCCCACGAUGUCCAAGCUCAUGCAAGUAGAUCCCAGCCAAUCAGAGCAUCCCGUGCUCGUCGCAGGACUGGACGGCAAGGUGAUCGUGGAUAUCCGCCAGGGGGCGUCGUACUCGGCUGUGAUAACGGCGGGCGGGGAGCUGUACACGUGGGGUCGCGGUAACUACGGACGCCUCGGUCACGGUACGAGUGAGGAUGAGAUUGUUAGCCUGGGUGGUGACGGGUCUGAAGGACAUCGGUGUAGAUGUAGCGUGUGUACGCGGAUGCGCACACGCUGGCCGUCAACUGAUCGCGUGCAAUGCGCUGUAUACUCGUGGGGAGAUGGAGAUUAUGGGAAGCUGGGAAGAGGAGGCAGUGACGGAUGUAAGACACCAAAGCUUGUGGACAAGCUACAGGGAGUGGACAUCAUCAGAGCUUACUGUGGUCCCCAGUUCAGCAUUGCUCUGUCCAUCACAGGAGAGAUAUACACGUGGGGUAAGGGAGACAACCACAGGCUGGGGCACGGAUCGGAGGAACACGUGCGAUACCCACACGUCGUCGAGGCCCUGAGUGGCAAGAAAGUUGUUUACGUCAGUGUUGGUUCCAUGCACUGUGUAGCCGUGAUCAACAAGGGAGAGGUGUACAGCUGGGGUAGGAACGAUCAGAUGCAGCAGGGAGACGACCAGUUGCUAUGGAAACCAGAACCUAGCCUGCUGUACGUGAGCGAUGGCAAGCAGGUGACAGGAGCCGUGUGUGGCCAAUCACAGGUACGGUGUCUGCACACCUGUUUAUGUUCAUGUAGAUUAUGUAGCCAAUCACAGGUACGGUGUCCGCACACCUGUUUAUGUUCAUGUAGAUUAUGUAACCAAUCACAGUUAUCAUGGCUGAGGUGCAUGAAGUAG